AUGACUUCAGCAUUGAUUGAGGUAAAAGAUGAAAUCCUUUUUAUAAAGAAUGAACCUGAGCACAGUAAGGAACGUAACAAGACCAAUACUGAUAUAUGUGUUCAAGAGUGUAUGGAAUUAGGAAAGAAAAUCAAACAACAUGUAGAUGAACUAACAAGUGGAAUAAUAGACGAAAUAAAAAAGUCAUACGACGAAAACGUCAGGACGUAUUCACGAAUAAACGAGACAUGUAAUGAGAUUACUACGUGGUGUGACGAUGAAGAAAGGAAGAUAGAUGAGUAUGUUAACAAUAAUUUGGCUGGGUACCUGUACCUAAUGAGCAGACAUUUUGAGAACGAGAUUUCGGGCGUUAAAUAUCUCCUGAAGGAAAACAAACACAAAUAUACGUUUAAAUGGUUUGACUUGAAACAAAAUAAAGUUAUAAUAAAAUGUGUGUUUGAUGACUUGGAAGAAUUAUGUGAGCUACACGAACAAGUUACUGAGAGCGAAGACGGAAGUGGCAUCGAUGCAGCUGCAUCCUCUGCUGAUAUUCACAAGACUCGGAAGGAGCUCAUUGCAAUGUUGAAUGGGACCGAACAAAACGUGGAUCAAUCGGGAAAAUCAGAAAAGACAAAAACGAGGUUAGAGAAAGAGCUAAAGCAAGCAAAAGAGGUCAUAGAAAAAGCUGAAAAGACAAAGAUGGAACUACGUGACGAGAUAAAACAGGUGAAACAAAACCUAGAUAAUUCAGAAAAGGUAAGAAAGCAGAUCGAAAAAGAGUUACAUCAAGCGAAAGAGUGCUGUAUGUGUUUUGAAAAGACCAACACGGGGUUAGAAAAAAAGUUACAGCAAGCGAAAGAUGCCAUAGAAAAAGCUGACAAGACAAAGAUGGAACUACAUGACGAGAUGAAACAGGUGAAACAACACCUAGAUAAUUCAGAAAAGGUAAGAAAGCAGAUCGAAAAAGAGUUACAUCAAGCAAAAGAGUGCAGUAUGUGUUAUGAAAAGACCAACACGGGAUUAGAGAAAAAGUUACAGCAAGCAAAAGAUGUCAUAGAAAAAGCUGACAAGACAAGGACGAAUUUAUGUGAUGAACUGAAACAUGUAAAGCAAGAACUUAAAACCUCAGAAAAGCCAAAGAAUGAUCUAUGUGACCAGAUGAAACAGAUAAAACAAGAUUUAGAUAAAUCAGAAAAGGUCAACACUGGAUUAGAAAAAGAGUUACAGCAAGCGAAAGAUGUCAUAGAAAAAACUGAGAAGACAAGGAAGAAGCUAGGUGAUGAACUGAAACAAGUAAAGCAAGACCUAAAUUCGUCAGAAAAGACGGAGAUGGAACUACGUGACGAGAUGAAACAGGUGAAACAAGACCUAGAAAAAACAGACAAGACCAACAAGGGGCUAGAAAAAGAGUUACUGCAAGCGAAAGAAGUCGAAGAAAAAGCUGAAAAGACAAGGAAGAAAUUAGAUGAUGAACUGAAACAAGUAAAAAGUCUAGAUACGUCAGAAAAGACCAACAUGGGGGUAGAUAAAGAGUUACUGCAAGCGAAAGAAGUCAUAGAAAAAGCUGAAAAGACAAGGAACAAAUUAGAUGAUGAACUGAAACAAGUUAAAAGUCUAGAUACGUCAGAUAAGACCAACCAGGGGGUAGAUAAAGAGUUUCUGCAAGCGAAAGAAGUCAAAGAAAAAACCGAAAAGACCAACCAGGGAGUAGAAAAAGAGUUUCUGCAAGCGAAAGAAGUCAAAGAAAAAACCGAAAAGACCAACCAGGGGGUAGAUAAAGAGUUUCUGCACGCGAAAGAAGUCAAAGAAAAAACUGAAAAGACAGGAAAGAAAUCUGGUGAUGAACUGAAAAAAGUAAAGAAAGUCCUAAAUAUGUCGGAAAAGGAACAGAUAAUACCCGAGGCGAAAGGUCAGGACUUUAAAUGGCCACAACCGACUGGAAAAGUAGAGAUCAAGAUCAAUGGUGAUAUCGAUUUGCUUUUUACAUUCAAGAAUGGCACUUACAUGAAAAAUUAUACGUCCUCGGGAAAAUCGUAUAGAGGGCGUACGUUUGAAGGAUGUUUUGAGAACGACAGUGAAGGUCAGCUGGUUUGUGGUAUGCUGCUGGAGGCGUUCAGAAAAAGACUGUUGUUUACAAUUCGGCAGGACGGGAUAGUUGGGCUCAAUGGCAUUCCUCUGUCGAAAUAUAAAAAUCGUGAUGAAACGGUGUUUCGUGUGGGCUACAACAAUUAUAUUCAGAAUUUGAAACUGGAGCUGGAAUCAAGACACAUCUAUGCGAACUCGUACCAGUCAUGUGUGUUUCUGGAAGAGACCUUCACUGUCGAUAGUUUGGAACUUUAA